ACGUCGAAUCAUGUGCAUCUUCUGCGUUGCAUUAAAACCCACUUUGCUCUUUUCCCUCUUUCUCUCAAGUUUAAAACUUUACCUUCUCCAAGAAACCUUCUUACCUUUCUACUCUCUCUCCUCGCAUUAAGCAAUGUCGCCGAGUUACCUCAAACGUCCGAUCAUGAUCUCAUCUCUCCUUCUCUUCAUCGUUUUCAUUGCUUCUCCAACCGUCGAAGAAAACCUGAAGGCAUCAAGAAACUUCCCUUACCGAACCCACCUAUUGGCCCCGAGGGUUCACCACCCGUAUGAUGUGAGUCCUCAGGGUUCGUGCGACUCCUUCACUCGUCCAUACGCGCGUUCUAUGUGCCUUGAGCUUCAAAGAAUCCACCACCGUAGCACCACGAAGCAGCCACUUGUUUCCCCUCCUCCUCCUCCGCCGGAGAUUGAUCCAAGGUACGGCGUCGAUAAAAGACUCGUCCCCUCCGGUCCAAACCCUCUUCACAACUAAAAACCCUAUCCCACAGUUUGUAUACAUAUAUAGAGAGAGAGACCUUAGUUACAUAUUUUAUAUAGUUAACAAAUUUAUUGGCGUUUCUUGAAGAUCUGUGCCCGACGACGAAAGAUUCAUUUCUUCUUUGCGGGUCUUUCUUGAAUCUUGAUUCUACUCUCUUGAUCAUCUUAAUGGAGUCCUACGUACGUAACGUUAUGAGGGAUGUAUUGUUGCUAUUUCCACGCUUGUUUUUGAAGACUAGUAGAGAGUGAAAACAAUCUUGGAAAUAGUGUGCAACGUCUUUCUUUUUUAUUUAUUUUUAUGUUUACAUAAUGUGAAACUUUAAAAAAAUAAAUGCAGGCAAAAAGAUUUAGAUAUUGGUUGUGAGAGAGGGGAGAAACGCAUGAGUUCCAUUAAUUUGGGAGCUGUAUAUUAUUAUGUAACUUCAAAGUCACGGCCAAUAUUGGUCUAUGAAUAAAACUUUUAUUUGAAGUU